CGAGGAACCGAGCGAGGCGCGGGGGGGAGGAGAGCAGCGCGGAGUGGAGUGGAGUGAGAGUGAGUGGAGCACUAAAAAGUCUGCGAAGAAGCACAGGUUUGCUUUCCAACCUUCGUUUCUCACACACAAGUAGUAGAGCCUUUGAAGCCGGACUGUGAGAAAGAUGCGGCCGGGACGGAGGAAGCAGCUACCGGACAGUUAGCCAAACUACUUGAAGAGGAGGAGACGGAGUGAAAGGCUUGUCGGUUGCCUCUCGGAUCAGGACGGUUGGCUGUUUCCCCGGAGCGAGUUGAGCAGAUUGAAACGCUCCCAGUUGCUCCAGGACCAGCAGCGAGGACCCACAAACGUACAGAUUUUUUUCUUCUUCUUCUUUUUUUAAAUUUUUUUAUUAAGAGGUGGAGGACUUUUCGGGUUUUAUUGAUCCGGGGGAAACCGACGGAGUAAGAGCGGAGCGGCUGUAACGAGGACAGAGCCGCUGAAGCGGUAGCUCCCGAAAGAAGAAGAAGAAGAAAAAGUUUUCAGCGUGUCUUUACCAAGUUUUCCAGACUGGAAACCGGAGCGGAAAGAAGAGGCCAGAGAGACUGACUUUUUCUUCCACAAGCAACUUUUGUGGAGUUCCUCCAGUUUAGCUUUCCAGUUCAGCUGAAGCAGAAUGAAAACACCUGGAGAUACUGGGUUCGCCUUUCCAGAAUGGGCCUACAAGCCAGAGUCGAGCCCCGGGUCAAGGCAGAUCCAGCUGUGGCACUUCAUCCUGGAGCUGCUCAGGAAAGAAGAGUAUCAUGAUGUCAUCGCGUGGCAAGGCGACUACGGGGAGUUCGUCAUCAAGGACCCGGACGAGGUGGCCCGGCUGUGGGGGGCGAGGAAGUGUAAACCACAGAUGAACUACGACAAGCUCAGCAGAGCGCUGAGAUACUACUACAACAAGAGGAUCCUUCAUAAGACCAAAGGCAAGAGGUUCACAUAUAAGUUCAACUUCAACAAACUGGUUUUGGUCAACUACCCGUUUUUCGAUGUGGGUUCCACUGGAAGCAGUGUACCUCAGAGUGCGCCGCCUGUCCCCACCGGAGCAGGAACCCAUUUCCGUUUCCCUCCUUCCACGCCUUCUGAGGUUCUCUCCCCCAACGAGGAUCUGCGCAGCCCCGGGGGCAUGUUCAGCACCGUGGCGCGACGGAUGGCCCGCGGCUCCGUCAGCGACUGCAGCGACGGUACUUCGGUCAACUCAGAGAUCGAGGAGGGAAACAUUGGUGCAGGAGAAGAGAGGGGUGAGAGGAGUGUGAGCGGAGGAGGAGGGGGCCCCGGCGGCGGCGGGAACUACCGAAGCAUCAUCCAUCCCCGUCUGUCUCAUGAGGCUCUCUUCCGUAUGUACGGAGGGCCAGGUAACCCUGCAGGCCACCCCGGGCCACGUGGCCCUGCGGGGCACCGGAUCCACCAGGAGCCACUGUCUCCCUUCCCCGUGUCCCCACUGCCUGGACCCCCAGGGGCGAGCCUCUUGGCCCCUCCUCUGUCUCCAGCGCUGUCCAUGACCCCAACGUCCCACCUGCCCUACACCCCGUCCCCCACGCUGUCUCCCAUGCUGGGCUCCCACUUCUCCUUCAACCCAGAGGACAUGAAGCGCUACCUGCAGGCCCACACCCAGUCCGUUUACAACUACGGCCUCAGCCCCCGGGCGUUCCUCCAGUACCCCAACAUCGUGAUCCCUCAGCCCCACCGGCCCGCCGCCGACAAGCCCAGCAUGGCCGCUGAGAGGGCAGAGCGAGGCGUGGGAGGGGAGAGGGCCGGAGAGCGACACCAUCACCCGUCUCUGGCUCACUCCGCCCACCACCACCCACAGCUUCCUCACUCUGCCCACUCACACCCCCAUUCCCACCCCAUGCAUCACCCUCUCCACCUGGGGGAGGAGCCACCUCACAUGUCUCCCUUCAAGUUCAAGCUGCAGCCGCCACCUCUGGGGAGGAAGCAGAGGGACGGACAGAGCCAGGGCAAACCGAGGCAGAGCUCUCUGUCCUCUGGCUCUGGGUCCGGGUCCAUGUCCUCCACCUCUGGACUGGGGUCCUCGCUGUCCUUCGGCAGCGACCUGAGCUCGGCAAGCGGGUCAGGGGUCAUUUCUGCCUCCUCCUCAACGCAGUCCUUGAACAGUGCUGGACUCCCAAAGAUAAAGGUGGAGCCCAUCUCUGAUAUAGAGUCAGAGGAAGAGGUGGAGGUGACGGACAUCAGCGAUGAAGACCCAGACGAAAGAGAUAAUGAGUUUGAGCUCUUCUCCGCUCGACACUCCAGAAUUUCCAACCAUCACAACCACCACCUGUCCAAUGGCACAGCGGCCGUCCAUCAUCCGUCGCAGGACGAAGACCUGGACGAGGACGUCUUCAAAGCCCCCGCUCCUCCUCCUCCGGGUCUGAUGCCAUUCUUCACCUCGCAGCAUGCCCACCGCGGCCUGACCACCCUUAAGAGUGAACCGGUGGAGCCGGGCGAGAGCCACGCCGCCCAGUCGCAGACGGCCUCGACCGGAACCGCGCAGGGGAAGUGCAUCCCUCUGAAGCUGCGGUUCAAGAGGCGCUGGAGCGAGGACCAGCGCAUGGAGGCGUCGCAGGAAGAGUCGGACGACAAGAAGGUCCGACCGGAGGAGGGCAGGAAUAAAGGGAGGCAAACUAAUGGAUGUGUAGAGAUGGAGGAGGACGGGGAAGACGGAGACAGUCCCCCUCCGCUAGCUUAUGAGGGGUCUUUAUCAGCGCCUCUGGCUUCACAUCGGAGGGUCAGCGCCGAGCUGCACCGCGCCACGGCCCAGCUGUCCCUGGAGAACAAAGACUGCUGAGGAGCGCAGCCCCAACACUACUGCUCCAGCAGUACAGGAGUUUGUAAAUGUAAUCCCACUCCCACACUGACAAACUAGACGACCCGAGAGCAGAGCCUGACACACACGCUCAUAAAACUGACACAGUCAGACUCCUGUUGAGUCAGAGCCGCCAUCAAUCCUGGAAGAACCAGCUGUGUUUUUAUCUAGUUUCUAGUGCAAAUGUCUUAGUACGCUUGAAAUAAGACAAAAUUAAUAUACAAGUAACUGUUCAGCACGAUGUAGGAGCUUGUUUAGAGUCAAAUUUUCAAGUCCGGCCACAUAUUUUCAGUUGAACUUAGGUCUAGACUUUGACUAGACCAUUUUAAUAUGUGAAUAUUUUUUAAUCUAAAGCAGUGGUGCCCAAACUUUUUGCGGAAACUGCCAAAUUUAAACUACUGGCAGGACACAAAGUUCCUGAAAUUAAAAAUGCAAAAAUGAAUUUAUUGUGAUUUUACUUUGUUUUUAACAUUCUACCUGCUCAACAAUGCAACAUUUUCAUGAAAUCUAUGUACAUAAAAACUCAAAACAUAAAAAAGGGGCAAAAAUUUGUUGUGAUUUUUCUUAGUUGCUCGAUGGUUAACAAAAUUUUAAUGAAAUCCAUAAAAUUUCAUUUUAUAGAAUAUUUAGACUUUCCACAUUGUUACCUUAGUAGAUGAUAAACAGACAAUUUCUACAUUUUUGGGAUCUAACUAAUUAAGACAGUAAAUAUUUUAAUAUUUAUGAAAAAGUCCUAGUUAGUGAAUAAUCAAUUUGUACUACUUAUUUCACUUAUGACCUGCACUUUUUCAUCAAUAUUAACAAAUUAUUGACUUAAAACAAGCUCCUUCGUCUUGCUGAGUAAGUUAUUUUUGUCUCAUUUGUACUCGGAUAUCUUCUUUAGAAACUAGACUAAAAAUACUUGGUAAGAUUUUGGUGUUUUUGCAGUGCACCAGGCCAGUGAAGCUCCCAUCUUCUCAUCAUCAGCAGCCACACAACUCUUUCCUCAGGAGAAACGACCCCUCACAGCCCUGCAGCUCGCCCUACAGGCCGACGGGACUUCUAAGUGCCUGCAUCAAACCCCGAGAGCCCUGGAGAGACAUGCUGGGUGGGACAGAGGAGGGCAGCUGGGAGGAAAGAUCAUGUGGGACAGGAAGGAAAGUGUGGUGAGUGGGGCUGUUGGGUGUUUGUCUGGCCCUCUCCACUCAGGGAAGCCUUUUGCUGUAUCUUUAUUGGAUCCACACAGACGCAUCGAACGGGACUCAAGGGACUUUAUCGAGCCCAAACCAAGCAGAGACGUCAGCUUUUCCCUCAACAUUUGACUUUGACACCACCACCCCUCUGAUUUCCUCCUGUUCUGUCUCGUUUCACUUCAAAACCACAAAAUAUAACCAAGUUUUUCUGCUCUAUUUCCUGAUGAAAAUAUCUUAAGACACUUGAAAUAAGACAAAACUAACUGAAGAGUAACUUUUCAGCAAGAUAUAGGAACUGGUUUUGAGUAAAGAAUUCAUUACUAUUGAUGAAACAGUAGUAGAUUAUUUCAUUUUAAUCUGCCAGUAGAACUAGUACUUUUUCAUCAAUAUUAAUUAAUAAUUUACUUAAAAUAGGCUGCUAUAUCUUGCUCAAAAGUUACUUCUGAGUUAGUUUUGUCUUAUUCCAAAUGUACUAAGAUAUUUGCGCUCGUACUUGGAGCAAAAAUACUUGGUGAGAUGUUGUGUUUUUGCAGUGUUCUCUCGUGGACCACGUGUGGAAACAUCACGACUCUCUUCUCGCAGAAACAAUAUGAACCCCAGGUUGAUGUGGGGGAGCGUAAAAAAACGAAGGAAGAGCGUGCUUCUCCACCUGAAGUAGUUCCAGCUGCAGCUCGAGCUCGUCUAACAAUCGUAGUGUUAAACUAAACCAGCAACGACACACAGACACACAUGCACAGCACUGCCGUCACAGCUCCCUCUCCCUGCAAACACACACUGCCGCUGAUCGCCUUCUUUUUAAAGCUUGUAAAGUAGUUCAAACUGAGCUCUAAAACCACACACAGAAUAUAUCUUUAUAAAUGUUCAGACGGAGAUGAUUACAGAAGAGUUUAAGAGAAGCACAGCAUUUUAAUGAUGGAUUUUUUUUUAUGGUAAGUGGAUCAUUUUCAGAUGGUAUUGUUAUGGGGGCAGCAGAACAAGGAGCAGUGGGGGAUUUCUUGUAUAUUUGUUGCAUAUGUAAACAAAGAGUUCAGGCCUGUCCACCAGAGGAAGGAAGAGAAAACCAGCAGACUGCUAAUGAUUCAGACGGUUUGCUUGGCUCUGCUGUUCACUUGGUUUUGCAGUAGCCAGCCCUUUCACCGUGCAGUUCUCUGGGGGUUUUUUUGUUGUUUUUUUUUUGUUUCCCUGUCUGCAGUCUCGCUCUGCUCAGCAGGGUUCUCCCUGGUCGGAGCUGUCCUGGCUGCAGGCCACCUCUCCAGGCUUCCUCUGCUUGUCAGAGGCGCUAAUCCUGCACUGUUCUCCUACUCCAGUUAGUAUUAACGCUUCAAAGUUCAGCACACUUGAGAGAAAAGGGUUAAUUAUUAUACCGAGAUGCCCCUCUCCCUAAAAUCUAUGCACUUUUACACACACACACACAGCCCAGCACGCGCCCACACACACACCCAGACAGACACAAGUGUUUUUGACAGGCUCUAAAUUCCUGAUGUCACCUGGUUGUUACCUCUGUUCCUUGAAAACCGUUUUGAAACUUUUUGUCAGUGAAUCAACAAGCUUCGUCGUAUUUUAUGUGAUAAACCAACACAAGUUACUGCAUCGAUGUAAAGCAGAGGAAAAGAUGAAUUGGUUUCAUUUUUACUUUUUUAAAUCUGAAAAGUGUGGUUGGCCUCUCUUUAGCUACCAUGUCUUCACCAGCUUUGUACAUCUAAAUCUUUUAGCUUGUUUUUCUUUGCAAACAAGCUCAAGCUCAGUCAGAUCGGACUGAAAAUCUCUGUGAACAUGAAUUUUCAAGUCCUGCCACAUAUUUUCAUGUUGACUCAAUCAAAAUAAUUUCAAGAGCCACAGAUGGCCCCUGAGCCACGUUUUGGACCUCUCCUAGUUGAUUGCGAUGGAGACUUUUUUUUCAACUAAGACUAAACUCUGACCCAUAAAUUAAAAUCUUCUCAUCUUCUUUGAUACAACACAAACUAUUAAUCUUUUUAUAAACCAUCAGAUCAGAACACAUCUGUCCAUUGACCCAAAUCUGUCUUUAAUUACAUUUUUAAAACAUGGCUAAAUACUUUAUUUUUAAAUAAAGAGCGACCCAAAUCAUGUUUUUAUUGCUGCAAAUAGACUAAAAGGUUUGGACACACCUGGUUUAGUCUAAAGUCUUUUGCAACCGAAGAGAAGCAUUUCCACGUCAUGAUACUUCCACCACCAUGCUUCACCAUAGUGAUGGUGUGGAAAACUGCAGAUGGCACUUAUCUCACAUUUCUUUCAACAAUAGCCAGACCAGGGGUCUGCAACCUGCGGCUCCGGAGCCACAACUGGCUCUUUGGACGAUCCUCACUGUCCUCCACCUCUGGACUGGGGUCCUCUCUUAAAAACUGUGACUAAAAAUCAUAAAAAAAUAACUGAAGUUUUAAAAAGAUAUAACAAAUGCAUGUAUUGGCUAUUUUCAGUUUCUAUAUUUUAUUUCCAUAGCAAUGAUACUAGUACCAACCAUUUUUAUUUGAUCUAUUUUUUUUUUUUUAUUAGGUUGGCAAUAUGUGCAAAUAUCAACAUCCUAUCAAAGGUUAGAUAUUUAAAAGGUAGAUAUCUAUCAAAAGUUAUAAGAUCAGGUCAUAUUUGUGGCUCUAAACCCAUUUAAUUUAGCUGACCUCAAGUCUUCAUGAUGCUUUUUGUUCACUAUUGUUCUCUAACAGAUGUCCAAGGUCUUCAAAGAACAUCUGGAUUUAUACUAAAAUGAAAUUACACGGAUAGGCUUUUAUUACCAGCUUAAUUACAAGCAACUCCUAAAAUAAAUGCACACUGCACUUUUCAGAUUUUUAACCUGUUUGUGUUUGUCCUUCAAGGAACAGUAGAUGAUCUGCAGUCUGUCUGUGGCUGAACUGAUUAAAUUUCUCUCAUUAAGACCUCUGGUGGUCUGGAUUGAAGCACACACACACACACACACACACACCCACCCACCCACCAGGUCGUACGUCUGUAUUUGAACUGACAGCUGCCUUACUUCACCACAUCUCAGCGACAGACAUGACGCCCGUCUGAGCUGCUCUGCUCUCGCUGCCGAACGUUUCCUCGCCGUGUCGGACUCGGCAGUGAAAAGGUCACCAGUUACUCUCAUCCUGUUACAGGCCUCAACUGUCAAACAAACGGCACAGAUUUUACAUUUCUCCAUUUAAAAAAAAAAAAAGAGUACAGACUUCUUGGUUUAUUUUUAUGAUGUCAGUAUGAAUAUGGAUUCUUGUUGUUUUUAUUGAGUAAUUUACCUCUCCACCUGGCAUUAUUUUUAUUCGGCGGCUCGGCUACUUGUUGCUUUCUGCGUCGUGAACAUCACUAUGGAGGGUAUUACUGAUUUGACCCCCUGAACUUCAUUCCCUGUAUUGAAUCCUUUCCAGCUUUUAGUUCUUUUUUUUUUUUUUACGUGAUAUAAGUGAAAUAUGUGACAAUAACUUCAGUGCUGACAGAGAUCUACCACCUGGGAUGGAGCAGGAAGCAAAGCGGGCGAAGAUUUUAUUUCAGGGCACAGAGGGAGUUUUUAUCCUUUUUUUUUUUGUCUUUUAUUGUCAUUUUAAUUUCAUAAUGUUACUUUUAUCGGUCACUCUUGUAUAUUUUCCUUGUGUUGUUUUUUGGGGGCAGGGGUGGGGAGGUGUAUGAUUUUAAAAGAAGAAAAGUUGUGUUUUACAGUGUAAAGAUCUCCCUCUUUCAGUCUGUUCUCUCUCCUCUUCUCUCCCCAGAGCUGUUGCGUAACAUCUCACACGGAGACCGGAGAGUUAAUACUAUGAUGUAACAUUGAAUUUCUGCGCUUCUUUCAUUGUUUUGUUUUUUUUUUCCAAACUUGUAAUUAAGAUGUAAUCAGGGUUAAUUAAAACCAGUUAAAACCCCAA